AUGUACGUACGACAAGUUGGAGGUUCCUACAAUACCACAGCGACAUCGAUCUCUCCGCAAAUUCCGGCAAGUAUUUCUACUACCGCCACGCCAACCCCUAUAGAUGCUGGAAUCACGACGGACGAUCUUAGUGGCGGUGUGGCGGCCUACACUCCACGCACAGAGCAGACGAAUUCUGCUCUUGUUGAACCCGCAUUCAUGCCUGGUGGAACUGCGGAUGAUGACGAUGUCCAGGCUGUCACGGAGCUGCAGCCGUCACCAGAUGAGAUACAGGUAUCGACCGCACCCGAUUUGGCGUCCAUCAUCCAGCAAGCAACGCCGAGUCCAAGUGCGCAGGACAUACAGGAAUUGGAUGAGCAACCCGUCGGCACAACCUCGGCUGUAGUUGUGGAUAUCAUCGCCAGCGUGAUUGGAAUCGUGCCGCAAGAGAGCGAUGUGCAACGGGACGCAACGCGCGUCGAUGCAGCAACGCAAGCGCAGCAACAAGGACAGUUUACUCCCGCGCCAGCAGUGAUCCCUGUGGGCGAAAGUGCUGUGACUGCAAAUGAUGCGUCUGAAAGGCGGGAACACAAUCUCUCAAUCGCACCUGCUGCGACUGCGGUGGUCAUCAAUGGCAAUACAUCUCCAAUUGAGCAGCCGCAGCAGCAAACUGCAGCUCCUCAAAUUACUGUUGGAGAUACCGUGGUUACUGCCGGUGGCUCCUCGUACUUCGUUGUUGGUUCGCAGACAUUGACUCCGGGAGGUGCUGAAAUAACCGUCGAUGGCAACACAUUAUCACUGGCACCGUCUGCCGAUGUAGUCGUGAUCAAUGGCAUAACAAGCGAGAUUCAGCAACUACAAGCUCAGCAGACUCCGGCACCGCAAAUAACGAUUGUGGGCAGCAUUAUUACCGCGGAUUCUGUUUCUGCAUUCGUUGUCGGCUCGCAGACGCUGGCUCCGGGAGGUCCAGCUAUUGUCGUCGACGGCAUGACGCUUUCGCUCGCUCCACUGGGCAGCGCUCUCGUAGCCGAUGGACAGUCCUCGAACAUCGCAGUACCAGUUGGAGCUCCUGUAACAAUUGCGGGCGAAGCGGCGACGCCAAUCGCUUCCGACGCAUUCGUUCUACCUAAUGGCGAGACCUUGUCAGUUGGUGCGACUGCCGUGGUACUUGAUGGCGCAACGCUCUCGCUUGCUCCAGAUGGCAAUGUAGUUAUCAAUGGCGUCACAUCGUCUCUUCCGGCCACUGGCAGCACUAUCAUGAGCGGAACAGAUGAGCGGGGUGCUUUGAUCCUACACGGUACAAUAUUGCUUGCUGGUUCUAGUGUUGCAAUUUCGGGCACCACGUAUUCAUUGCCCUCGACAGGCGGCGCCAUCUUCAUCAAUGACCAAUCAACGAGUCUGCCCGCAGCUUCUCCGGGCUCACCGAUAACGCUUGGGGAUGGUGUUGUGGCCACGCCUACCGUGCUGCCCGAGCUCGUCAUUGGAGGUCAAACUUUGGUGGAAGGUGGCUCAGCGAUAACUAUAUCAGGCACGACGUACUCUGCCAGCGGGACGCAAGUUGUAGUAGUGGGCUCAGGACGCACUAUAAUUGAGGAUGUCGAAGAUCUUAUGACUGCUUCAGAAAUGCCGUCCCAGUGCGGCAUCAAGCAUGGGAAAUCGUCCUGCUGA